AUGAUUAAAGUGCAAAAAGAUAAGACUUCGAAUUUUUAACCUUAAAAAAGCAUUCUAAAGUAAAUGGAGGAGACUAUGUUAAUAUUGCAGAGACCCAAACUCCUUUAAGCACCUUUAAUUUAAUAAGAUGAAUUUUCAUAAUAAUCAAUGCUAAUAAAGGAAAUUGAUUUUUUUUGUUAAAAGCUAACAACAGUAAAAAAAACAAAGCCUAAAGUUGAGGAUUUAUCCACAAAAUAAUUUACAUGCUCAACACCAGAAAUUUAUAAAUUAUAAAUGUUAAUUGAACCAGAUGAAGAUGAUGAGUAAUAACAUUAAGUUAAAUUUGCAGAUGAAUAAUAGAAAGACUUAGAGAAAAUUAGAAGUAUACCUAAUGAAUCUAGAAUUUAGAAAAGAAUUGGCGUAGUAAAGCAAAUUUAACCAAAAUUAGUAAUAAAAAAACUAGAAUUUGAAUUAGAAAGUCCAUCUAGUUGGGUUCCAAUCAAAAUUGAAAAAUAAUUAGAAUUAGAAUUGAAAUUGAAUUUAAAUUUAUGCAUAUUUUGGCCUGAAGAAGAAUUAGCAAAUUUGAGCACUUAAAAUAUCAAUAUUUUAUUUUUAAUUGAGAGUAUGAAGAGUAUAAAUUAUUUUAAUCACUCAAUAAAAUAAAAGAAUAAUACUAAUUUUAAGGAUUUUACAAUUAUAAGCAUACAGCUCUUAUAGUAAUUAAAAAUCUACAGUAUUAUAUUAUGUUUGAAUUAUAUCUAUUCUAUAAGGGAACUUUGCAUAAGGGCUAAUGAAAUAAAAAAAGAAUUAUUAAGUGACGCGCUCUACGAAAGAAAGAAAAAUAUGUUAUUAUUAGAGUAGAAACGAAUAAUGAAAAAAAUGUUUUUAAGAUAUUUACUUUUGAGAGUCAAAUAUAAAGGAGCAAUAAACAAGGUAAUAAAUGAGGUCAAUUAAAUCAAGCAAAUGUUAAAUUAAAAAAAAUAUUUCUAAAAGUUAUAUAACUAUUCUUAAAGGAAAAAAUAAAAGAAUGAAUUCUAUGAUUUAGUUUAUAGUCAUAUUAGAUUAAAAAAUUUGAAUACAAUAUUUCAAAAUUGGAAGAUUUUAAAAUAAUGUUUAUUUCGAUAAAGACUAGCAAUAAAAUUGAUAAAAAAGAUUUUAAGUAAAUAAUCUUUAGGAUAAUGGAGAUAGAUUACUAAAUAGAUGAUUUAAUAAUAAUUAAUUUAAUUAUAAUUAGAAAAGGAACAAAAACAAAAAAUUUUAAUUGGCAAAAAUCCAAAAGAGGACAAUAAUGAAAAUGAUAAUCAAAUAUUGUCUUAAUUUUUAACUGAUGAAAAACCUAAAAAUAUUUACGAUGGGCCUAAUUGUUUAUAUGAUUUAUAAACUAUUUAUGAGAAAUAAACAUAAGCAAAGAAAAUUAAAGUCAUAAUUUUUGAACUUAAAGAAGAUUUAAAAUUAUGUCCAAAUUUAAUGUAAAAAGUAUAUAUUAAAUGGAAAGUAGCAUUUCUUUAAAGACAUUAAUAAAAAGAAUUUAUUAAAAUUAUGGAAUAAAAAAAAAUGGAAAAAAUAUUUCAAUUUUGGAAAAAAGAUAAAGAAAAUCACCCUUUUUAUUAAUUUUUAUUAAAAAGGAAAGGACUUGAAGGUUUAAGAUAUAAUCAAUUAACAAAUAAACAACAAAAGCUAUAAGAUUAAUUAAAGAUAAUAACUUUAAAAUAAUAGAGACAAUAAAUAGAAGAAAUGGCUAUGGAAGUAUAUAAUAAAAAUGUCUAGAAAAAGGCAUUUUUUGCAUGGAAACAUUUAAUUAGUAAUGAAAAUUUAUAAAUAUUAUGGAGAUCACUUUCAGAUUAAAAAUUGAAAUAAGAUUUUUAGAUAGUGUAACUCAAAUAUGAUAUAAUUUAAAAAAAAAGAAAAAUUAAAUAUUUUAAAAAAUGGAUUAUUAAUUUUAUAAAAAGUCGGAGAUCCAUAAAAAACCUAUAAUAUUGCGAAGUAACUUCAAAAGAAAAAGCAAUCGAAAAUUUAAUAAGGAUUGCAUUCGAAACAUCAAUAAAAACAUAAUUUAAAUGGAGAGAUUACUAUAAAGAUAUUUGA